AUGGGAAUUUGCGGCAAGCAUCUACUGUACGCAUUACCUAGUGUAUUGACGCCAUUCACAUUUGGUUACAUUGUUGGUUACACAUCUCCUGCAUUACCUUAUUACCAAGAGAAGUUUCCAGAUUUAACGUCCUUUGAAGUAACGAUUUUUAACGCCAUUACAUCAUUGUUAGCAUGCUUUGGUCCUUAUCUUACUACAUUCCUUUUCAAGUUCUUCGGAAGACGAGUUGUUACUGUCAUUUUGGAUGUUGCUAAUAUUAUACUAUGGGCUUGUUUAUUCUCCAUUACAACAAAGAAGCUUUACUAUUUUGGGAUAUUCAUUUGCGCACUGUUAGGUAUCAUUUUGGGCGCUUGCUCAGCUAUUGGACCUUUGUAUCUUGUUGAAGUCGCACCACCUGAGUAUGGUGGCUUCUUCGGCUCAAUGAAUCAGAUGUCAAUUGUUUUGGUAUCAUCAUUUUAUUCUGCAUUGGUGAAUAUUAUCACCCGUGGGCUCUUCAUAUUCUUGCCAUCGUUACAUCUGCUGUCCAAAUUGCCACAAUUUGGUUUGUCCCAGAGACAGCUCCUCAAAAGGAAGAUAAUGAUCAGGAAGAUGACUCCGAAGAUGAUAUCAAAGAAUCAAUCUUUGAUAAACAAUACAUCAAGAAGGUUAUCAUUAUGA